AUGCAGAGUCCCCUGAGUGCAACAAAGAUCACACUAGUCCUCGAGCAACGACUGCAACACAUGUCACAGCACAUGCCCAUACCACAAUUACCCACAAGUGAAGUAGUCAUAUCGUCAUUUACAGGCACAAACAGUACAAAUACGGAAGUUGAUAACAAUCUUACCCCACUCCAAUCAGAUUUAUCUCAAUUUCAGGUGAUAUCCUCAUGGGCAGAUGACGCAAUUGAAGAAACCAAAACCAGAUCUUCAUCCCCUUUGACUAUAAACAAUGAUAUCAGAAAUGUUAACCUAGAAGCCGAACAAGCAAAGCUAAUUGAACUAUGCAGAGAUCUCGAUAAUUGCGAGUGCACCCCCAAAGCCAUUGCCUAA